AGUUACUUUCGUGCGGUUACUUAAUCAAACACAGCUUGGUUGCAUAUCCGAUUGGAUGUUUCGCUAGAGUCUCCUGACCUGAAAACUCAAACUCGUAUAAUGAAGCAGUUGUUGGUGUUAACCGUAUUGAUCGCCCUCGCUGGAUUAACCGCUGCCGCCAGCGUCGGUGGGUCUUCACGCAAGAUCGAUUGGAGCUUGGUUAGACCGAUUAGCGAGUUUCCGCACGUUGCUCGACGAAUUCAGAAUUUGAUGGGAGAUGCGGUUGGCACGAAGACUAACAGCAAUCAACGGAUCGUCGGUGGACAGAUCGCAUCUCCUGGACAGAUUCCCUAUCAGGCAGCAAUCCUAGCUGAUGUGGAAGAUGGAACAGGGCUUUGUGGCGGAGUGCUGAUCUCAUCGAACUACGUAUUGACCGCAGCAACUUGCGUUGCCGGUGCCAGCGAGGGAACCAUUAUCCUAGGAGCCCAGAACCUUCAGAACGAAAACGAAGACGGUCAGGUGCGAAUGGAUUUCACCGGUUCGGAUGUUCACGUUCACGAAGAAUACUUAGAGUUUAUCUUCAGACACAAUAUUGCUGUGAUUAGAUUACCACAAUCGGCACCGGAAACAGACCGAAUUCGCGUGGCUAUUUUACCAACUGCGGCCGAUUCCCGAACAUUCGCUGGAAUGCAAGCGACUGUUAGUGGAUUUGGACGAACAUCGGAUGCCAGUACCUCGUUUUCGGACGUGCUUCGUUACGUGUCCAAUCCGAUCCUGACAAAUGCCGAUUGCAACGCGGGCUGGUGGGGCGAUCUCGUCGACGGGCAGAAAAUGUGUCUGGCUUACAUAAACGGUCGUGCACCGUGCAUUGGCGACGCUGGUGGCCCACUUACCGUACAGGAUGCUGGUCAAAGUUUAUUGGUCGGCUUAUUCUCGUUUGGAUCUGUUCUGGGAUGUGAAUCCCAAUGGCCUGCGGUGUUUGUGCGUACCACCUUCUACCUGAAUUGGAUCGCGUCGAAUACUGAUGUUGUUAUCAGGUAAAACGCUGCUAACUAAUGUAUCCACAAUUUUCUGCGUAUAUCGAUGGAAACGGCAAAGUCUAAGUUUUGAAUGGUGUGUAUCGAUAAGAUAAAUAAAUGCGUUCUGAUUUCGGGCGGUUGAAUAC